AUGGCACAACCUACUGUUCUCAUCGCUGGCGCUGGUCCUUCCGGACUCGUUCUAGCUAUCGUUUUGAUCAAGAAUGGUGUCUCGGUACGCCUUAUCGACAAAGUUCCUAACCACAGAAACGGUUCGCGCGGCACCGGCGUGCAGCCUCGAACUAUUGAAUUAUAUGAUAUCAUCGGCUGCCUUCCUCCCCUUCAAGAAGCUUCAGGCUUCCAUCCGACCAUUGCUCACUACAAACCUGGCGAAAAAGAACCGUUUAACCUGAGUAAUAUGGUCGACUGGAUCGAGCCUUCCCCCAAUGUGCCGCAUCCCAACCAUUUCUCCUUACCGCAAGAAGUACACGAAGAGAUUUUACGCGACUACCUUGCAGGAAUGGAUUGCACUGUGGAGCUUGGCUCCGAACUCAAAUCCUUCGAGCAGUUUGCUGACCAUGUCGUUGCACAUAUCAGUGUGACUAGAGAAGAUGGUCAAUCCAAGGAGGAGACUGCUACUUUCAAAUGGCUUGUUGGAGUCGAUGGCGCUCACAGUUCCGUCCGCAAGCACUUGGGCGUUGACUUUCCUGGUCACGUCCUCACCGAGCAUUGGAUCGCGAUAGGCGACAUUUUGGUUGAAGAGGGCCUGAAACAUGGUGUCUGGCACAUGUGGAAUGCCAAUAAGAACUUUCUGUAUCUUCGUUCGAGUGGAGAGAAACACAAGACUUUCAUGUUCGCUUGUGGACGCCCCGACAAUCUCUCUGACACACUUAUCACACGCGAAGAAUUCAUGGACCAAUUCUACAAUGCAACUAAUAGACGCGAUAUCAAGUUCGGAGAGAUGACCUGGGCGUCCAAUUACCGCCCGAGUGGCCGUAUGGCAGACUCGAUGCGCGUGGGUCGAGUUUUCCUUGCUGGAGACGCCGCACAUAUUCAUAGCCCCACCGGCGGCCAAGGACUUAAUUCCAGUGUUCAAGACGCCAUUAACCUCGGAUGGAAGCUUGCUUUGGUCGAAUUCGGUGUCUCCCCAGAUAGCUUGCUUGACUCCUACAGUACAGAACGGCGGCGCGUUAUUGCACAGAUGCUCAACCUUACAAGCGGUAUUCUGCGUAAGACCAUGGAACAAAUCAAUAGCAAUGACGAAUCGAAACUCAACAACCAGGCAUGGAAACGCGGCGGGGAUACGUCGAUGUUGGGCAUCAACUACGCUGGUAGUGAGAUCAUUCUUGAGGGUGAGGUCAAGGACGUAGAACCUACCGACAGCCCCUAUUCAUGGAAGCAGGGCGGAUGCAUUCGUGCUGGUACUCGUGCUCCAGAUGCAUCCGAGCUCCUGCUUGACAAGUCACGCACGAGAUUAUUCACUCUCUUCGACAUUCACAAGCACACACUACUGCUCUUCGGUUCUGUCGAUGCUCCUUCCAUUCUUGCCAUUGUUGGUCGCAUUCCUGUCAAACUCGUCAACGUCAUCCUUCUUCUACCUCAAGGAAAUUGUCAUCGGUCAGACGUCGAGCUCGAUGGCAUAUUGGUGCUUCAUGAUAGCGGAGGUCACGCCUACAUAGGUUAUGGCUUGGCCCCCGGCGAUUCGACGGUGGUUGUCGUUCGCCCUGACGCUAUGGUUGGUGCGGUUGUUCCUGAUGCUGCAGGUGUAGAACAGUAUCUUGAGAAAGUGUUCUCUUAG